AUGGCUCUCACCAUCUUCUUCUCUCUCCUCCUCCUUAUCUUCACUGCUUCGCCAGCAAAUGCACAGUCGUUUAUCGGCGUUAACUACGGCCUCCUCGCCGACAACCUCCCACCGCCGUCCGAUACGGCCAAACUCCUCCAAUCCACCUCCAUUCAGAAAGUACGACUCUACGGAGCCGACCCCACCAUCAUCAAAUCCUUAGCCGGAACCGGCGUCGGAAUCGUCAUCGGAGUAGCCAACGGCGAUCUUCCUUCUCUCGCCUCCGAUCUCAGCGUCGCUUCUCAAUGGAUCAACUCCAACGUCCUCCCUUUCUAUCCCGCCUCCAGAAUCAUCCUCAUCAAUGUCGGCAACGAAAUUCUGUUGUCGAAUGAUCUGAAUCUGGUGAACCAGCUUCUCCCGGCGAUGCAAAAUGUCCAAAAGGCCCUCGAUUUGGUUUCACUCGGCGGGAAAAUCAAGGUGUCCACGGUUCACGCGAUGACGGUGCUGGGUCAGUCAGAACCGCCGUCGGCCGGUUCGUUUGCUCCCGGUUAUCAAGCCGGUUUAAAGGGGAUUCUACAGUUUCUUAGCGAGACCGGUUCGCCUUUUGUCAUCAACCCGUACCCGUUCUUUGCGUACCUGAGCGACCAGAGACCUGAAACGUUGUCGUUUUGCCUCUUCCAGCCUAACCCUGGUCGGGUCGACUCCAACACCGGAAUCAAGUACAUGAACAUGUUCGACGCUCAGGUUGAUGCGGUGCACUCAGCUUUGAAGUCAAUGGGGUUCGAGAAAGUGGAAGUGGUGGUGGCGGAAACAGGUUGGCCAACGAGCGGUGACGUCAACGUGGUUGGUCCGAGUGUUGAGAACGCAAAGGCUUACAAUGGGAACCUCAUUGCUCACUUGAGGUCCAUGGUUGGCACUCCGCUCAAGCCUGGCAAAGCCAUCGACACUUACAUUUUCGCUCUCUUUGACGAGAAUCUCAAGCCUGGUCCUUCCUUUGAGCGAUCUUUUGGACUUUACAAACCUGAUCUUUCCAUGGCAUAUGACAUUGGCCUCACUAAAACUACUAGUGGUCAGACGUCACAGUCUCCAUCGUUGGGGAAGGCAACAACAUCCACGGGAUGGUGUGUGCCAAAGGAGGAUGCGACUAGAGAGCAGUUGCAAGCGAGUUUAGAUUGGGUUUGUGGGCAAGGAAUCGACUGUGGCCCGAUAAUGGAAGGAGGGGUGUGUUUUGAGCCUAACAAUCUCGUCUCUCAUACAGCUUAUGCCAUGAAUCUUUAUUUCCAAAAAUCUCCUGAAAACCCUACGGAUUGCGAUUUCUCUCAAACCGCAAGAAUCACUUCGGAUAACCCUAGCUAUAACAACUGCGUCUACCCAAGAGCAGGAGAUGUUGGAGAUGGAAGCGUAAGAGGAGUGAUGAAUAAAUAUGUGAGUUCAGACAAGGCAAUGGAUCAUAAUAAAUCAGAAUGCUCAUCUUCUCUGUCAUUGCCUCUCUUUACCAUCUUAGUCUCUCUUAUUUCAAUUUCCUUGCAUGUGAACUUGUAG